UCCUUUUCUCUCUCUCUCUCUCUCUCUCUCUCUCUCUUUCUUUUCCUUUUUCCUCUCUCAAGAAAGAUGGUGCGCGCUGUCUGAUAAAAAGGGUUGUGCGACGAGGCGUCGCGGCGCUGUGACAAUGCGGAAAUAUGAGACUUCCUACGUCAACCAGAUCCUACCGUCGUUUUUGUUGUGGUUGUCGGCGCUGCAGCACUCGCACCGAUGCAACUUACACCGGUCGCCGACGCACACGUCCAACGUCCAUUGAGGAAAAAUGGGUGCCAAUCAAUCGACCCGAAGUGCGCCCACCCCCGGAGAAGAAGUAAAUUUCGAUCAUUUUCAAAUUCUACGCGCCAUCGGGAAAGGCAGCUUCGGCAAGGUCUGUAUCGUGCAAAAACGUGACAGUACUGGGAAUAUGUACGCUAUGAAGUACGUACAUAAAAACGAAUGCGCGGAAAGGGGUGCCCUAAAGAACGUGGCGAGGGAAGUAGAGAUCCUGUCGAAGCUGGAACAUCCUUGCCUGGUGAAUUUAUGGUUCAGCUUUCAAGACGAGGAGGAUCUCUUCAUGGUGUCGGAUUUACUUUUGGGCGGCGACCUGAGAUACCAUAUCCAGCAAGAGAUUGUGUUCAGCGAGGAGAGCAUCGUGCUAUUCGUGGCUGAGAUCGCGCUGGCGCUUGAUUAUCUGCAGAGUCACAGGAUCAUUCAUCGGGACAUCAAACCAGACAAUAUAUUGCUGGACGAGGAGGGCCACGUCCAUGUGACUGACUUCAACAUCGCGACUGUACUUGAAGAAGGACAGUUGGCGACUUCGAUGUCCGGAACGAAACCCUACAUAGCCCCGGAGAUUUACAUGUGCUCAUGCGAGGAAUACGGCGUCCUCGGCUACGGAUUCGCCGUGGAUUGGUGGAGUCUGGGAAUCCUCGCUUGGGAGACCCUAGCCAUGGAGAGGCCGUAUCCACUUCACUCGACAACGUCCAACAGGGAAGCUUUGAGAAUUUUGCAGGAGGAAAGACCGACACCAUCGCACUGGAGCCCGUCAGUACGCGACCUCCUGGACCGUUUGUUAACUCUGGCGCCUAACGCCCGAGUGUCGCGUUUAAAAGAGCUGAAACAGGCAAGCGCAAUGAGAGAGCUGGAUUUCGACAAAGUGCUGAACAAGCAGAUAAAGCCGCGCUUCACCCCGCCAAAGGAUCACUUGAACUGCGAUCCCACCUUUGAGCUCGAGGAAAUGAUCAUCGAGACGAAGCCCCUGCACAAAAAGAAGAAACGCCUGGCAAAACAGAGGUCGUUGAGGGUCGAGCUCUCGGCGGAGGAUGCCGGUGGGUUCGCCGAGGGCGCUGGAUCGAGCGUAGACACGCGGAGAUUAGCUUAUAUCCCGGAGUACCGGGUGUACAAUCGCGAGCGCGAGAUCGAGCGACAGGAGAGGGAGAAGAAGGAGAAACAAUGGGAGGAGGAACUGAACACUGCCAUGAAGGGUGCCGAGGAAAGACUCAAAACAAAGCAGCAACAUCUGCCGGCCCAGCGAACCGGAAACCGACUGAGCGUCUCGACGACGAACGUCAAAGCGCGCAUAAGCGCGUCGCCGAGGCAAGGUCGCCGAGCGAGCGCUGCGACGUCCUCGGACAUCGACUUCAUCGACGCGAGUCCGGAGCCUAGUACGUCUUAGAUAACAUCUGAAUUAACACGAAGUAGCCUAUCUACGAUCAGUAGACUCACUCGAUCCUACCGGCGCGCACUGAAUUCCAACAGAGAGCCCGACAUUUUAAUAAUUCACUCUGUAAAAAGUCUUUCUAAUAUUCGAUUAUUUCCUAUUUCAAGAUACAUCUCAAACUCGAAAAUGAAAAGUAUUCGUCGAGAAAAUAUCGAAGAUAUUUGUAAAUGCAAAUGUUAAGGCCUCCACAUUUUUUCCGAUACUGUGCUACAAUUCUGCCUAUCCGUAAUGGACUUGAAAAGUUCAUUUAAUUUAAAUGGAUAGGAUUCUACAGGCAGAUUAAUAGUGCGCUGGCUGCUAAUAUUAAUUGUUAAUGUCGAUUUUAUUUUUGAAAGUUCUCUCGAAAUGCCAAUAAUGACUGCACAUCGCGUAAGCUUUCUCAGAUUUCAGUUGAGCUCUGUACCAGGAAAUGUGCAUUUAUAAGAUGUUAUCAGUCGAAUUGUUCGACGAAUUCAGAUCAAUAGCAGCACAGACUUUUUAAAGCAACGAACGAUCGGUAUAUCAACUUUGUUGAAGCAGUAGUUUAAAUUUUUACGACGCUCUGCUUUCAGGAACUGGUUGCAAACCCACCAUUAAAAUUAGAUCUCUUCAAAAAGUAACAUAAAUUAAUCCUUUCAGUACAAAUCUGAUGUAUAUCGCUCCUGGAGCUUUUUGAAGUAAAAAAUAUAUAUAUUUUCACCUCUUUACCUUUCUCUAAAAACCAAAGCACAAUAUUAGAGAAUGCGCGCUAUUAUCUCAAAGUAAUAUAUAAAGCUCUACAGUGUUAAAUAGAACUACAACGAUAAAUAUUUAAAAUAACAAUAAAGAGUGAAGAUUAUCUAUAAAUAAUAUUUAAAAAAAAUAUUUCAAGAAUUGUAAUAGUUCGAUAGAGAGAGCGAGAGAGUGUAUAUGUGCGCGUGUGCGUAUGUGUUAUAUAAGCGAGUUAAAAUAAAUGAGAAAUAAAUUUUAACACUUCUAUAUCUAAUACUAAAAGGGUUAAGGCGCACACUAAUAAUAUAAUUUCUUUGUUGAUGGGAUUGGGAACAAUGACUUACAUGAUAUAUAUGUUUUAUUUAAUCAAAGUAUAUGUUGUUUAGAUGUGAGCUAUGUAUACGCGAAUUGAAAAUAAAAAAUAUCUUUGACAUGUUAA